GGGCUGAUCUGUGCAAAGCCGGAUAUGAGAAUACGAUUGCAGCGACCACGUGUCAAACGUUUUUUCUUCGUAGUUCAGCCAAGCAACUCUCUGUCUCCACUGCAUGCAGGGUUUAAUUCUGCUAGAUAAUUAGUGUGAUUUAUUCCCUUGGUUGAGUAUCGAACCUGCUCACAAUGCUUGGUAAGAGUGCCAAGUUGAUUCAACACAUAGACCACAGAGUGAGAAUCAUUCUCCUCGAUGGACGUACCUUUGUCGGAACGUUCCUAGCAUUUGACCGCCAUCUUAACUUGGUUCUCUCUGAUUGCGAUGAAUUUCGGAGGGUAAGAGCAUCGGGUCAGAAAGUGGAGAGAGAGGAGAAGAGAACAUUGGGGCUAGUUCUGCUGCGUGGGAUGAACCUCGUCUCGCUAACCGUCGAGGGACCACCCCCCACUAAGGAUCGGAGACGAGGUGUCAAGAGUGGAGGCGCUCCAGGUGGUCCUGGAAUGGGCCGGGCAGCUGGACGAGGCGUUCCCAUGGGAGUAGGGGCUGCACCCGCUGGACUGACUGGGCCAGUGAGAGGAGUGGGCGGACCCAGUGCACAAGCCAUGAACCCUCAGGCCGGAGCCGCAGCCUCAUCCGGUCCCCAGACGUACAACCUACCCCCUGCUGGCAUGCCUCCUCAUGGACCACCACCAGGAAUGAGAAUGCCGCCUCCUGGGAUGCCCCCUCCGAUGAUGGGGCGUGGCAUGCCCCCUCCUGGUAUGCUUCCCCCGGGAAUGAUGCCACCACCAGGAAUGAGAGGUCCCCCUCCACCUGGCAUGAGGCCCCCUCACCCACACUAAACACCCAUAAUGAGUGGUGUAAUCUUUGACAAGGCAGUGGAGCUGCUCAACUUCAUACUUUAUUGGCUAUACUAUCUCACUCAUGCAUGAACGUUUACUACUUAGUCUGCUUUUAUACAUGUACGUCCAUGACACUUGAUUUUGUUCACUUUUACUAUGACUUGUGUUCAGUGCAAAUUUCUCAAUAACAAUAAUUAUUGUUGUGGA